AGAGACAAUGGCGCAUGGGACGGCUCUCAUCUCGUAAUCCUCUCGUGUCCACGAAUCACGAGGGAGCCGGAAUGCAAUUUGCGAUAGACCAAGGGGGCUAAGGGGUAAAUAAAAGGGGAUGCGAAAAGAUCCCAAUCGAACCAAUGGUGGUUUUGACCACGGCCUCCGUCGCCUGCUCCAGAUUCCACUGCCGCUCCUCCGUUGCGGCCGCGGCUCUAUUCCUCUCCGCCUCGUAUUCUCGCGCUCGUGCUCCACCCCGCGGAUCAUUGCUGCGGCGCAGAAUCAGCAAGGUAUCAUUACGCUCUGAAGCAAUGGCUACUGCACAAUCCUCUGAAACAGCAUCUGACAAAGGAUUGCCGCUGGGGAUGGAUGCGACCAUGGCCGAUGAGUAUGCUUCCCAGUCAAAGUUGCUGCAAGAAUUCGUUAAAAUCCCCAGUGUUGGCAAGGCUUGGAUCUUCAAUUCCAAGAAUGAGAACACGUCCAAAGCAGUGGUUUCUAUUGGCCAAUCGGAUAUGUUGGCCAAUAAAAGGAGACAAUUCCUUCUGAAUUCUUACAUUUCAAAAAGUGCCUCGAAGUCUGUGGAUUUCCAGUGGUCUCCCUUCCCAACUGAAAUAAGCGGAGUGUCGGUAAUAGUUCCAUCACCAUCUGGAGAAAAACUUCUGCUAGUACGGAAUGCUGAGGAUGAUUCCCCAACAAAACUAGAGAUUUGGGGGCCCUGUCAGUUGGAGAACGAGAUCCAUAUUGCAAAGUCUGUUCAUGGAUCACUGUAUGCUGAUGAAUGGUUUGAAGGGGUAUCAUGGAACCAGGAAGAGACUUUCAUAGCAUAUAUUGCCGAGGAGCCUCCUCAAUCAAAGCCAGUGUUCAAUGAUUACGGAUACAAGAAAGAAGGCUCAUCUGAAAAGGACUGCAAGAGCUGGAAGGGACAAGGGGAUUGGGAGGAGACCUGGGGAGAAACCUAUUCCAAGAAAAGGAUACCUGCAUUGUUCGUUGUCAACAUUUCCAGUGGUGAAGUUCGACCUGUGAAGGGCAUACCUAGAUCAUUAAGUGUUGGCCAGGUGAUUUGGGCUCCAUCAUCUUCAUAUAGCUUGGUUUUUGUUGCGUGGUCAUCUGACAAUGGUUUCCAAGAGACACCGAGGAAGCUUGGUAUUAAAUACUGCUAUAACAGGCCUUGUGCUCUGUAUGCUGCUCCUGAUCCUUUCAGAGACGAAGCUGAGAAACCAUCAACUGAUGGCAAUAAGGGUGAAACUACAAAUAUGAUCAUGUUAACAGCAGACUUGAGCAGUGCUUUUUUCCCGCGGUUCAGUCCGGAUGGAAAGUAUCUUAUUUUCAUCACAGCGAAGAGUGCUGUGGAUAGUGGAGCACACAAUGCCACAAAUGCAAUGCAUAGAAUUGAGUGGCCUACAGACGGGAAACUGCAUGGGAGCCUUGGAGUUGCUGAUGUGGUGCCCAUUGUGAUGUGCCCCCAAGAUGGCUGUUUCCCUGGGCUUUACUGCUUUGGCUUACUUAGGGAUCCAUGGCUUUCUGAUGGUCGAACUAUGAUUCUAUCUUCUGUUUGGGGAAGUAAGGAAGUAAUACUUUCUGUAAAUGUUGUGAGCUGUGAAGUUUCAAGAGUUAGUCCUCAGGAUUCGGAUUAUUCAUGGAAUGUUCUUGCACUUGACAAGAAUAACAUUCUUGCAGUUUCCAGCAGCCUUAUUACACUCCCGCAAAUAUACUAUGGCUUUGAGGUUUCUCAGACUGAAAUCCAGUGGGAGUGGCAGGAAGUUUCAACUCCAUUUCCAAAGCCAUCUGAUAAGAUCAGCUCCAUAGUAGCAGAGCAUAAGUUCAGUAUACUCAAAAUCCCGAUUAGCAAUUCUUCCGACAAACUUGCAAAUGGGGCUAAGCUGCCUUUUGAGGCUAUUUUUGUGUCGCAUAAGGAUUCUGCUAGUAGUCCAACGAUUGUUGUUCUUCAUGGUGGACCACACACAGUUUACCCAUCAAGUUAUUCAAAAUCCUUGGCUUUUCUUUUUUCGCAGGGAUAUAAUCUUCUUGUUGUGAACUACAGGGGUUCAUUAGGCUUUGGGGAAGAAGCACUGCAAUCCCUUCCUGGCAAUAUUGGUUCUCAGGAUGUGAAUGAUGUGUUGACGGCUUUGGACUUUGUUAUAAAGAAAGGACUAAUAGAUCCAUCAAAAGUCGCAGUAGUUGGAGGUUCACAUGGAGGUUUCUUGACCACUCAUUUGAUCGGCCAGGCUCCAAACACAUUUGUUGCAGCAGCUGCUCGAAAUCCUGUAUGUAACUUAUCAUUGAUGGUUGGUACCACUGACAUCCCUGAUUGGUGCUUUGUCGAGAUUUAUGGAAGAGAAGGGAAAAACUACUUCUCAGAGUCUCCUUCAGUAGACGAUCUUUGUCAAUUCCACCAAAAAUCACCAAUAUCACAUAUUUCAAAGGUUAAGACGCCAACACUCUUUCUCCUUGGAGCUCAAGAUCUCCGAGUUCCUGUUUCUAAUGGCCUACAGUAUGCAAGGGCAUUGAAGGAGAGGGGAAUUGAAUCCAAAACUAUUGUCUUCCCAGAAGAUAUCCAUGGAAUUGACAAGCCACAGUCUGAUUUCGAAAGCUUCCUCAACAUAGGGGUUUGGUUCAAGAAGCACAUGAGCAAAUAAACAUUAGGGAUCUCCUACCACAUUCGUGAUGUACUUUUUUAUUGUUAAUAAAUGCUUGUAAUUGGGUCAAAGAAGCCAAAAGCAUUGUUCACUCGCCCUUUCUGAUGCUGUGAAGUUGGAAUAAUUCUUAUAGAUGUAGAUCUAUUGAUUAGAAGAUUGUGUUCAUCCUAGUAUGGAUUCUGGAUUGCCAAACAUCUAAUAGCUAAAACAAGUGAUGCCUUUUUUAUGAACUGCUAAAAAUCCACCUUGUAAUAUCUGGAUAGCACUGAUCUAUAGCAUCCGAUGCACUAGAAGUGCUUAUCUAUACAGCAAUUACUUUUGACUAGUAAUGAGAAAAAGAGUUACAUGA